GGGCGAGGGAGGGGACUUAGCCUUUGCGUUUGCGUCGAGUUCGGGGGUGAGACGAGAGGCGAGAGGCGAGUGCCGUUGGGUGCGCGGGGGGGAACGGGGGAACGGGGGAACGGGGGCAGAGGAGGAGGGGGGGCCGUGUUCUUCUGUGUCUGGGGCUGGGCUGCCACUGGAGGGAGGAAGAGUGGCGAGUGAAGGGAGGAGAGCUACGCGGCAGAAUGAUGCAAACAUCGCACACGGGAGGGAGAGGGAGCUUAUUCUUCUGCUGCGGCUCCGAUGCUCCUUGAUGGACUGAUGGACUGACCUACUUGACUGAUGGAAGGAAGAAAAAAAGGUUCGGCUUCCAUGAAUUUCUCUGCGACAAUGGCUAUUAUUGCGAUGCCUGAGUACUCGGCCUAAUGAAUGGCCAAUGAAGGAGUGAGAGCGAGUGUGCGUGAGCGAGCGUGAGAUAGUGAGGAGAGAAAGAGAAUGAGUAGAGGAGAGGAGAGGCGCAGGGAGCAAGAUAGCAGAUAGAUCUGAUCUCCAUUACCAACUGCCAAUACUGAUUAGAACAUCGUGUCGAUUCGGCCACGUCUUUCUUGCUCUCUCGCCUGCGCGGGCCGGUGAUUCUCCGAGGCGAGGAUAGCCUCGUUCCAUGCCAUCGAUGCGCUUAGAGGGCGUCUGGUGAUAGCACUGCCUCGGUGGAAGGCGCAGGCGAUGGUGGUCGCAGGAAAGUAGCGAGUGGCACACAGAGGCAGCUAGAGGCCGCGAGAGGGCGAGAGAGAGAGAGAGAGAGAAAGAGCGCCCGAGUAAGACCUCUUCCUGCAUGCGAGAAGCCUGAUCCGGGCCCUGUGUGUUUGUGUGCGUGUGUGUGUUGUGAUCGCACCCUCUCCUUUCCGAAGCAUUGGAUUCAUGCACUUGUCUUAGCAGCUGCUGUUGGGGAUAUGGUUACUUUCUGCGAAUAGCAUUAGAAGAAGACCUCAACGACCGCACGCGUUCGUCGCGAUUCCAGAGUCACACCGCCGUAUCUCCCUCGUCCAUCUCCGAACGGAUGAGCAUGGUCUCCGUAUCCCACAGGAAAGCACAGCUCGUGCCGUAGCAGUCCAAUGUGGCUAAUUAGAAAGGAUUGAACUAGUUCCCGAGCAGAAGUAGAGAACAGGCAGAAGCUCAAAUGCUGGUGUAACCCGGAAGGACUCGUCAGGAUUGGUGGCCGGAAGUCGAACGGAGUCGUUUCGCAGGGAUUGCUGCCAUUCGUUGGUGAACUUUGAACGUCAUCGGGCAGGAGGAGGAGGAGCAGCAGGAGGGGAAGGAGGAUGAAGAGGAGUGCGUGAGGUUCUCGAUUGGUUGGUCGGGCAGUGCAGUGCAGCCGAUCUAUGUAUUUAUGGAUCACCGGAGGCUGACGUUCCCACUUCUUCUCCAUCAGGUCGGACCUGUCUUAUGGAACGGACGCCAGCUUACUGAUUGAAAUCCACGGGUCAUUGCAAACAUCGACGCAGCUCGACAAUGCGCGAUAGUACUCGCUCUCAUGGUUUCAUGAAGACGGGAAGCGGGAAGUUAGCCUCGCUGAGGAGCAUUCACCCGCAGUAUCGCGUCGGUGCGAAAUCGUGCGAUGGCGGGGAUGACUCGCACGUCCGGGCCAUGUGGGACGAGGAGUUUUUCGGGCACGAUCUGCCGCCCAACUACAUCAUCUCGCGGGAAGGAUCUGUAGAUGAGCAUCACUCCAAGCGCAAGGAUUCGGGUAGCAGCCGGCGCGACCUGACCGAGCUGAGUCCUCGGGAGCAAGCCAUGUGGGAUGAGGAGUUUCUGGGUCACGAGCUGCCGUCGAACUAUCGAAUCUCCAGAGACAAGACCUCGGAACAAGACUCGUCGAGGCGCAAGGAGUCGGACAACAGCAGCAGCAGGCGGGGCCCAAAGAAGUCUAAUUCUGGGGAGAAGAGCGGGUGCCGAGGAAGCUCGCACAGACACGCCAGAUUCAUGUCCGAAGAUACUUUCGAGUACCACUUCGACCGCACCGUCGAUACGUACGUCCUCUGCGAUAAGAAGCCCGCGAGCUGUAAAGCGAACGGGAGCUCGAAUCUGGACACGAACGGGGGCGGCGGCGGAGCUCGCGACAGAUCGGUACGAACCAAAGAGGAAUCGUGCACGAAGGAGGAGACGUUCGAAGAACGAGCUCUGCGGUUCGGAGUCGAGGACUGGAAUCUCGUCGGGAAGAAAUGGAGUCACUCCGAGUCGAAGAGCAGCAGGCGCUCGUCUCGGAGAGGCAUUUUCCACUCCCCCUCCGGGAGUGACUCUUCGUCUCUGGUGUCCACUCUCGAGUCGUCCUCGUUCUCGUGCGGGAGCGAGGGCAGCUCGUUCGCCAAGGGAGAUUAUGCCGCUUCGGGUUACAGUCAGUCGAAUGGCUUCUCGAUGUCCAGUGUGAGGAUUCCUCUGUCAGCUCUGGCCCGGCCUUCCACCGAUGCGAAUGGCGAGGGCGAGAAGGUGACUGACGAUGCGCAGUUCGUUGAGCUGACGCUGCUGGACAGAUCGAAGUCGGACGCGUCCGAUGCGAAGCCCAAGGAAUCGGGCGCGGCGGAGCAGGAGAAUGGCAACUUUUUGGAGUUCAAUUUCCUGGACGGGCGGAUGGUCGAGAGCCCCGACGAUGAGGACGUCGAGGCGGAGGAGGAGGGGAAUGGGCAGAGCGGGAGGAAGUUCUCCAUCAGAUUGAAGGACGAGGAUGUGAGCUCGGAGGAGUUCGCGGAGAGGAGCGCGGCCACGCCGACCGUGUACCAAUCCGCCACCACGCAAUCGCCCGAGAGCGAGAGCUUCUUCGGGAGCUCGCACGACUCCGACUGGUCGGGCACGCACAGCAUCAGCACCGAGCGAGGCGGCCCGACCAGCGCGCGCGAUGUGGGUGAUCGCGGGGACGUCGAAGACGACGCGAGCGUCUACACGGAGGACCGCACCGAAGAUUGGAGCAGCGAAACGCAAUUCUUCGAUGCGAAUUCCGCGUCCGUGCCGCCAAAGAAAGUCUCGUCGACCUCGGGCGGGUCGAAGGAGCAUAUUCAGCUGUAUCCGGAAGACAGAAUGGCGUCCGUGAUCAGAACGAAGCAGCAUCGCGAUCUGCUGCGCUCGCUGGGCAAGACGACGAGCGAGCUCGAGAAGAAGAAUCUCAAAUCGAGCCUCACGCAGGGGACAUCGAGGCGAGCUCGCAGCCUGGGCUCGGUCCUGAGCCAACAUUUGGCCUUCACCGCCAUACCUUCGUUGCGUCACAAGGCGCAACUCGGUCGCGGCUCCGACAAGAAGCCGCCCCACGGAAGUCCUUGGGACGGUGACAGCCCCGCGAAGGUCUCCGCCGCGUGCAUCGAGUGGCUCUGGGCCGAGAAGGGCCACAUGAAGCCCGUGCAGUCGCUGCGGUCGCUCGCUGCUAAGGAACGCGAGCUCGCCGCGGCCCGUGAAAAUCUGGCCAAGGCUGCCGCGGAUGGGCCGGGCGUCGCCGCCGAUGGCGCCCCCGGGCCGGGGCCGGGGCAAGGGCCGCCUGUGAGGAAUCUCGAGUCUGCGUUCCAGGAUUCGAAGGUAUCGGGACCGGGCGCGGUCGCGGUGCUGAGGAAGGCGCAGUCGAGCGUCGAGAAGAGCGCGGGGUCCGACGCCCAGCGUGGGGGCGCGUCGGCCAGGAGCGGCGCAAGCCCGGUGCGCGUCGCCUGGCGGGAUCCGGCUAAGGAGUCGCGCGCGUCGAUCCUCGCGUCGUGGGCCGCCGUCUACGGCCUGGCCGAGUCGUCGUCCGAGAAGAUCAAGGCGCACUCGAAAUCGGCCAAGGUCGCGCUCAUCUCCACCGCGUCGAAGAAGGUGCGCUCGGGCACGCCCGUGAAGAGGUCGAGCGGCAGCAGCGCCGGUGGUGGUGCUGGUAAUGGCGGCGGGGGCUCGCCCCGAGGUUCUGUGAAGGCCGGGAGCAGGCUCUCGAGGCACGUCCCGAAGAAUCUCGCGCUCGAGCUCGAGGUUCUAUGUCGACCAUUUGGGCCUGUCCUGAAAGGCGUGCGCUGCUUGCCCACUGCGAAGCGAGCAGGGACUGGCAGGCCUCCAUUUUUCUCGUCGCAUUCCUCAGAGUUUCACGCCCCCGAAGCUCCUCCUUCGGCGUCCACGUCUUCUCAGUCCCUCGCAUCGUCUCUGCAGAGCGGGCGCUUGCAAUGCGUGGUUACGAGAGAUGGGCUCCCGAGCUACAGCUUGAUUAUGGACGAAUCGGAAGAGAUUUUCGUCGCCAAGACGCAGAGAGUGGAUUCUGGGUUGCAGGAAGGGGUGAGCCAUCUGUAUACUUUCCAUUCGUAUAAGGGAAAAGGGAAGGGCAAGAUCACCCAUUGGCGACAGUGGGGGAAGAAAGAGAAGCCUUCAUCGGACUUCGCCGGGAACAUGAAGGUCACGUCGACUAUCAGUCCUCUGCUGAGCUGCAGUGGAGUUCAAAAUUUUGUAGAGUCCGAAUUCGUGCUGCUGGAUGCUAGAGUGAAGGAAAUCUCGAUCUCUGUUCCGACCUCCAGCAGCUACCCGAGAUCGAGUUUCUCCUCUUGGGAUGCCACCCCUAUGAGAUCACCGCGGUUGCCGUCCUCCUCCUUUUCAUCUCCUAGUUCUACCUAUUUCAGCCUGCCUUCUCCUGCCGGUGCUGCUUUCGGUACCUCGGAGGGGGGCUCAGGCUCCAUGCCUGCUCUAACCCUGCCCUCGUCCAGGUAUGUGUCGCAAAGCAUGCCAGCUGCGGUAGGCUCCAGGCCUUCAGGUUCGAGCCUUGACAAAAGUUCAUCGAGUCUCGACAAGGGAGUGCUUCGGUUGAGACAGUUGGAACGGCAUGUGACUCUCUCGAGUCCUUUGCAGUACAAUCCGAAGAUGGCAGGUAAUUAUGGGUAUUCGGAGUCGUGGAGUGACAGUGAAACUCUGGACGACAGCUCUGAGUCUAGAAUCACCAGGUUUUUGCCGCAGUCCCAGAGCGAGCUUGCGGCUGUUGUAGUGCGAGCUCCUAUGGGCAGAGAGCAGGACAAGGCCUCAUCGUGUGGAGACAAGUGGGGAUGGGGCAUCAAUUUUCUCAGGAAAGGCUCGACACCUGAAAAACCAAAGGCUGGGAGUGCGGCCAAAGCUGCAGAGGGUCAGUCUUCGAACAAAGAGUCUGGAUUGGUACGGGGUGUGAGUGAAGAUGGAUCCAGCAAAGCUGGUGAAGCAGCCGUGCCUAGCGAAGGCAUCGCUCGUGACAAAGUUUGUGGUUCAUGCGGGAGCAUGCCCGUUAAUGAUAAAUGUAAGGGAGGUAUGAGCGUGACUCUCAUACUACCAGCUGGUAACCAUGGCUGUAGCGCAAAUGGGGUGGAUGGCCCGCAGCCUCUAGUCGAGAGAUGGAAAUCUGGUGGCAAGUGCGACUGUGGCAGCUGGGACCUGGGGUGUGGUCUGACUGUCUUGGGCAACCAGAAGAUGGAGCCUGCAGACGGUUCGGCCGCUGCUGCAGAAGAACCGCAAGAUAAUUCCUUGAGACUUUUUAUUCAAGGCAAGAAGCAAGAGACCAUGGGUUUAACGUUGACUGCUUUGCGGGAAGGCUGCUAUUCGUUGGGAUUUCAAGCACCGAUUUCACCAUUACAUGCAUUCGCUACGGCGGUUGCUGUUCUACAUAGCCGAGAUCCACUCAACGUGACGAAGCAGGUCGGAGAUGCGAAGAAACGCGGGAUAUGCCGUACCCAAGUGAAAGUUUCUUCGUCUACCACCACCACAACAACUACCACAACCACGACCACCACUACCGCCACCACCACCUUGAGAUCAAUUUCUACGAGACAAAGCGAUGAAACGUUCUGUGUCAAGCCGUUAACUAGCUACCAGCUGGUCUGUCCUGACCCGCCUCUUUCACCUUUCGGAAGAGCUUAACUUCAUUAACCUCAUCGCCGUCAUAUUCUGUAUCAUCCUUCAAACCUGUUGUCACGACAGCUACAACAUCCAACAUUACUUCAUAGUCAGUCUAAGUUCAGAUCUGAACUCAACCUACCUCUCAAGGCUGGACUUUGUACAUAGAAGAGUCUCCCUCCAUACCAGCCUCCUAAUUUGGUGUGGUCUGUACUCAAGGUGCCUUCACAUCAGGUUUUUCCCUUGAUUAUGAAUCUACACUACGGGCAGGAAGUAACAUCAGUAACUUCAGAAGUUUCGAUCUACAUCAUUGUGUAGUUAGCGUUUAGGUGUCCUUGACCGAUGGCAGCCGGGUUCCAGACUACAUCAGGUCGAGGAUUUAGAGAGAAGUGUAUAAGUGUAGUGGACAGCCCAACAUGCCAAGCUCCCAACCAACCACCAGCAGCAGCUUAUGAAUGAAAUGACGAAGAGUGCUGAGAAGCAGUGAGGGCUUUCCGGACGCAUUUUCCUGUUUUAAGUUAUAUGGAAACAAGCAGCAGAGCGAUAGAGAGACUGUAGCCGCCAUUCAUUGUAUUUAGAGAACGGCUGAACAUACUUCUGGUACCGGCUCGCGCAAUCCCAUCCCUCUGCCCUUUCAAACUAUAAAGGGGAUCGAUCCCUAGCAUAGGUUUCUGCCUCAGAGAUCGCACACAGUUGUGAUGACUCUACAAGCAUCUCUCCCUGUAAAACUAAGGUGCCAGUUGUAUAUUGUUAUGAGCAGGCCCGCCUUGGGUCCAUCUGUAUAAGUGAGUUUUUCCUCAUCACGCAGCGCUCUUUCUCCUCCCAC